AUGCAAAUCGUCAAAUGUUAUCUACUUGCGUGGGGCAUAGUAGAUUCAGAAAACAAUAACUCAUGGACUUGGUUCUUUCAGAAAUUGCAACAAAUAACCGACGACAUAGAUGAGCUAGUCUUUAUAUUUGAUCGUGCACCAAGCAUUGGUUUUAGCAAUGUUUAUCUUAACGCAUACCAUGGGCAUUGUAUAUGGCAUUUGCAAACUAACUUGAAGAGCAAAUUUCCUAGUAUUGAUAUUGUGCCAUUGUUUAGAGCUACUGCAGAGGCAUAUAGUUUAGCAAAAUUUGAGAUCAAUAUGCAAGCAUUAUGCAGUCUACAUGAGAAAACCCGGGGAUAA